CCUUUGAAUUUACUCCCUAUUUAUCUCCUACCCUCACAACUCUGUUUUACGAUUGCUUUUAGGGUUUCAACUUUCAAUGGCAGAUCAUGCUCAUGACGAUGUAGUUGAGCAGAUACUGAUACGAUUGGACGUGAAGGAUCUGAUUCGUUCCAAGAGUGUGUGUAAGUCAUGGCAUUCUUUAAUCACAAGUCCUGGUUUCAUUAAUCGUCAUCUUAACCGUAGUUACAAUAAAGAUCGCAUCGACAAUGAGAUUGGACAUAGAAGAGUUACUUACGUAGAUCGUGACCAUGAUGAUCAUCGGCUUGUUGGUUCUUCCAAUGGCCUGGUUUGCAUCACCUCUUUUUAUGGUUUGGAAGUUUCAGUAGCCAAUCCCUUGACUGGAGAGGUAACAGAGCUGGCACCACUACAAACCCUGGAUGUGGAUUUAACAAGCUGUUGGGGUUUCGGUUAUGAUUCAUCCACUGAUGAUUACAAGGUCAUCGUAAAAGGCUGGGAUCAAACAUGCGUUCAGGUGAUGAUCGCGAGUUUGAAAUCAAAUGUUUGGAGAGUUAUUGAAGAAGUGAAGUACAAAUUUAUUAGUAAGACUGGUAUUCUAAGCAAUGGUGCACUUCACUGGAUUGCAAAAGAUCAAAAUAAUAAGAAACUGAUUAUUUCUUUUGAUUUAUCCAAAGAAGAAUUUAAAGAAAUCCCCCAACCUGAUGAUGUAAAAUACGAAUGUAGUUCUAGUAGCUACCUGGGAAUUGUCAAUGAAUGUCUUUGCAUAUUUCGUCGAUCAAACUGUUGUUUUCUUGACGAUUUAUGGAUGAUGAAAAGCUACAAUGUAAAAGAGUCGUGGGAACGCCUGCCGCAUAAUCAUAAUAUGAAGGUUGAUAUUGUUCACCCGUUGAAGGGAGAUGUAUCAUCGUUAUCAAGUACUUUCGAACAUCAAUGGGGUAUUGAAUUGGGUUUGUUUUAUGAUGCACCGAUAUUUGUGCAGAGCCUUGUAUCUCCACAUGUAAAUGGGAGGCCGAAGCCGACAAGGUGAGUUGUAUUCUUUUCUUUUAACAGGGAGUAUAGAUUAUAGAUUUUCCUUAUCAUUCAUUCACCUCUCUUCUUGUUAUUCAUAUGCAGAUAAUAAGGGGACCGUUCUCCUGUGCGUUGAUGCUUUUGAAGAAGCAGUCAAGAUGACAAAUGUUGCAGCAUAAAAAUAGCUUCAGAUGUCUACUUUCUAUUAUCUUGCCUUUGAUGCAUUCAGUAACUGUUUGAUAGUUUUAUAUUAAUUCAAUAUGAAGCCUUGCUAGUUUUCAAGUGCCUAUAUUGUUGAAUAUUAUGAAUGUGAUUUUAAAUCUAGUUGUUUGAAAAUACUUACAAGAAGCAGAUUUCCUUCAUAUUAGUGAUUGUAGGAAUUGAAUUUGUAUCCUUUUCUAAUGUUUCAGUUAAUGAGGGGAGA